AUGACCCCUACACGACCUCCAACGGAAGUUAGGACACGUGAAGACAGACACAGAGAAGUUAGGACACGUGAAGACAGACACAGAGAAGUUAGGACACGUGAAGACAGACACAGAGAAGCUAGGACACGUGAAGACAGACACAGAGAAGCUAGGACACGUGAAGACAGACACAGAGAAGCUAGGACACGUGAAGACAGACACAGAAGUUAG